CACACAAACGUGCACACGUACACUCAUACACACUCACUCACACAGAAAGACAGAUGUAAUAUUCUAAGACAAAUACACACAAGCACACGCCAAUGCAUCCGUGCCCAUACUGCGAGAGGGCCACGUGCACGCGUACAACACGCGUGUACACACGUGUACACGGGCAUCUGUCCCCACGUUUCAGACAAGACCAACUUCCACACGCACACGUACAUGGGCCAACGCUCUUUCCUCUUUUUUUCCUCCCCAUCCCCCUUUCCCAGCCAAGUGGGAAAUUCCAGAGACUCGGGCCGUGCCCCCAGGCUCACCUACUGCUGCUCUUCGAGGAUCUGCCGCGUUUUCUCCAACUCUACAGGUAUCAACACCAGGCCCAGUCGGGACCGCUGCCCCCAGCCUCCCCCGGGUCACUACGUUGGGCGACCCAAGGAUCUCCCUUCCUGGGUCAGCUUUUCUGGGAAGAGUCCUACAGCCCCACGGGCCCCUCCACUAGUCCCCUCUCCCCUCGGAUUCUGCCCUGCAUUUGUCAGCGGUUUGGGAUCCCCUGGAGCUCCCUAAACGCCUCGGGAAACGAUUCCCAGCGCAGAAGCUAGGGGGAAGAAGGAAACCCUGCCCCUUAGCCAGCUCACAUCUUCCUGCCUCUCCCUUCCCUCAGUUCCAUCUGUAGCACAGCUGGAAGAACAACCCCCCUCUCUUCAGCUCCCACCUCUCAGAGCUCCAGAUUCUCAGGACACCGGCUCCCAUGGGCCUUGGACUCAGUUUCCUCACUUUUACUCUUCUCUGGAAGAAAACUUUACCUAACACAUGAAAAGACCUCAGCCCCCUGAAAACUAAUUGUCCAAUCACAUUGACUGAAGACCUUGAGGUCAAAGGAUCCCAUUCCCUCCCCUAAGAGAAAACAGUCUUUCCCUUCUCUGCUCCAUAAGAUCCCGCCGGGCUAAGGGGCCGUGGGGUCCGCUCUUCUGACCUGGACCGUUAGCCUUCCCCGCUCCGAAAAGAACCUUCUUUGCCUUACAGGGAAUCACAGGGUAGUGGCCCUCCUCUCCGGACCUCGGCGAAGGGGCCCGCAAGCUGGUCUCUCACCACUGGAGAAGCGGACUCGCGGUUCAGGGCGACGACCUCUCCCCUCCGAGCCUCUGUGGCCACGUGAAGCGGAGACAGAGACACCCAGAGACGAGAGAGCCAGCGACCUGAGGAGAAAGUGAAGGAACCGGCCCUGGCCACCGGGUCAUGUACAUAUCCAUCGUGGGCCCCUCUGAAGAGAUCCGGGGCAGCUCGCUAGUCAUCUUUCUCCAUGGAGGGGCUCGGAAGAUCACCCCUGUGGCUGAGCAGAGAGCUGGCCACCCCCCAGCCCCAGCUGCUCCUCCUGGACUGCCGGAGCAGGGAACUCUAUGAAUCGGGACACGUCCAGGGGGCUCUCAGCGUCGCCCUCCCAGCCCUGCUGCUCCGAAGGCUGAGGAAGGGGAACUUAUCUGUGUGCUCCCUGCUCCCCGGUCCCCUGCAGCAGCACCAGCAGCACCAGCCACUCACCCCUCUGCCCAUCCUCCUGUACGAUGAAGGGCGGUGUGUGGAGGAGGAGGAAGGGGAGGCGGCUCAGUCGGUGCUCGCCACCCUGCUCCAGAAGCUGCAAGAGGAAGGCCAUCCCGCCUACUACCUGCAAGGUGGCUUUAGCAAAUUCCAAGCUGAGUGGCCACACCUCUGCAAAACCAAGCUCGACGCCCCCUGUGCCAGUAACUCACUAGUGCCUGUGCCAGCACCCGUGGUGGGCCUGGGAGGCCUGUGCCUCAGCUCAGACUGCUCAGAUGCUGAAUCAGACCCAGACCGAGACACGCUGAGCUACAGUCUGGAGUCAGAGGGUGGGAGCCCGCCACCGCCGGGACACCCCCCCUCCUUACCUGUUCAAAUUCUCCCCAACCUGUACCUGGGUAGCGCUCAGGAUUCAGCCAACAUGGACAUGCUGGCCAAGCUGGGCAUCCGCUACAUCCUCAACGUCACCCCCAACCUGCCCAAUCUCUUUGAAAAGGACGGCGACAUCCAUUACAAGCAGAUCCCCAUCUCUGACCACUGGAGCCAGAACCUCUCCCAGUUUUUCCCAGAGGCCAUUGACUUUAUUGAUGAAGCUGUGUCCCAGAACUGUGGGGUGUUGGUCCACUGCCUGGCCGGCAUCAGCCGUUCCGUCACCGUCACCGUGGCUUACCUGAUGCAGAAGCUUCACCUCUCGCUCAACGACGCGUACGAUCUGGUAAAGCGGCAGAAAUCCAACAUCUCUCCCAACUUCAACUUCAUGGGACAGCUUCUGGACUUCGAACGCAGCUUGAAGCUCAAGGGCGAGGGGCCCAGGGACCAGAAGGAUGGAGAGGAAGUGGGGGGGAACCAUGCCCCAACACCCCCCUGUUUCUUCACCACACCCACUGGUGAAGGUGUCUUUGAACUGGACUCUACCUAAGGGAUGGGGCUGGGAUGGGGGCUGGGUGGAGGUUAAGGACCGCUCUCCAUUGAGAAUUCUUAACCCCAACCCAGGGGACUCCACGGAAGUUGGGGGGACCCCAAUACCUCAUAUGAAGAGACAAGAGCUAAGAACCUAGAACCUUUUGCUGUUUCCUGCCCCUUUUAAAGUGGUGAAAGGGGAAAGACCUUUUCUAGCCACUUGAAAAACCAAACUUCAGCAAGAAUCUGAACGUGCCUAUUGACCAGGUAUUGACAGUAAUGUUGAUACUGCUGCCCUGCACCCCCGCUCCUGGAGCCCUCAGCCAGGGCAGAGAACCCUCGGGGGCUCCCUCAACCCCUCCAUUGGAAGGUGGCGCCAUUGCGGGUGCCCUGCCUCUUCUGAGACUGGAGGGUCAGAGUUGGGAGCCAAUCAACGAUGCAAGGCGGCGCGCACUUCUCAAGUGCCUGCUCGGUGCCGGCUCUGUGGAGGUUGGGGCUGGGGUCGCCUUAGAAGUGGAGUUUUUCCAACCCCGUUGGUUCUCCGAGCCCUGCAGCCAGGGUUCCUUAAUGACUCGGGACACGAACCUGUGACCUAGAACCAGCGCCUCCUUCUUCCCCGCCUCCUUCCUCUCCAGGAAAGCCCUCGAGCCACCUCAAGCUACAGAGCAGCAGCAGGCUGUGGACAAAGUGAGCCCCACUGAAGAGGUUAAUCCUCCCACUUCAGGUGGGUCAGGCCACGCAAUACCAGGCCUAGAACCUGGACCUUCAAGACCCAGGUCAGGAAAAUCCACUUCUAUACCUUGUCCAGAACUUUCUGUUUGAGAGCCAUACUUUCUCCCCUCAAGAGGCCAGCUCUUGGGGUAUCUGGGACUCAGAUCUGAAACCUGCCACUCUAGAACUUAGAUGUUCCAGGCCCCACAUCACCAUGCCAUACCUCAGCCAUCAGCUUGGUGGUGGUUUUGUGUGAGUGUA